UCUUCCAAGCUCUAAUUCCCCUCGCUCUCUCUCUCUCUCUCUCUAUAUUGGGGAAAUGCACGCAGGUCAAGCUUUUCUUCCCAUGUCCUAACUUCUAACAAUGCUUCCAUAUUAAAAAUCGUUUCUUUUUGUUGUACUCUCUAUAUUCUUCACUAUAACCCUUUAUCUUUCACUUUCUUUUUCCAUCUGACUGGAAGAAACCCUCAUGACAAUUCUUUACCUCUCUCGAUCACCUCUCAUCUCCUCUUUCCAAAGCAAUCGAAAUUUCGGAUCACUUUCGGUCUCCCCGCCUGAUCCUUCUCUAGCUUAGAUGAUCAAGGAUUUUGGUCCCUUGUUUUUCUUUUGUUUGAAUUGAACGACUGGUGGGGAGGGGAGGGGAGGGGGUCGAUUUGAUUUGAUUUGGAGAGAUAGAGAGAGAAAGAUGUCGAAUUUGUAUGGAGAUUUCAAUCAGAAGAUAGAUUACGUGUUCAAAGUAGUCUUGAUUGGGGAUUCAGCAGUCGGAAAAUCCCAACUUCUUGCACGUUUUUCCCGGAACGAAUUUAAUUUGGAUUCAAAAGCGACGAUUGGUGUUGAAUUCCAGACGAGGACACUUGUUAUAGAUCACAAAACUGUCAAGGCACAGAUAUGGGAUACUGCUGGACAGGAAAGGUAUCGUGCAGUGACAAGUGCAUACUACCGAGGAGCGGUAGGGGCAAUGCUAGUUUAUGACAUUUCCAAGCGCCAAUCAUUUGAUCAUGUGGCAAGAUGGCUGGAGGAGCUUAGAGGCCAUGCUGAUAAGAACAUUGUCAUUAUCCUCAUUGGCAACAAAUCUGACCUAGGAACCCUCAGAGCAGUCCCCACUGAGGAUGCCAAAGAGUUUGCCCAGAGGGAGAACCUCUUCUUUAUGGAGACAUCAGCCCUUGAGGCUACCAAUGUUGAGAGUGCUUUCCUGACUGUCCUUACAGAGAUAUACCGGAUCAUCAGCAAAAAGUCUCUAAUUGCAAAUGAUGAACCAGAAUCUGGAGGGAAUUCAUCACUUCUCAAGGGAACAAAUAUUGUUGUGCCUGGCCAGGAGCCAGAAUCCAGUGGAAGGAAAAUCACGUGUUGUGCCUCUUAUUAGGUCUACACUUCUCUUUCCAAAACUUAUUAUGAUAAUCAUCCAUGACUCUCCUGAGUUUUCAUACCUUUUUCUUUGAAAUUUUGUUGUAUUUAGCCAUGUUUCUUCCCUCUUCUUUUUAGUUGUGUUUGAAUUGAAAUUUUGAAAUACGAGCCAUAUUUUAGGAGACAAUGAGUAAUGACAUUUGGUAUGGCAAGUCAUAUUUUUUCAUCUCUCUCGCUCUCUCUCUCUCUGUUGUAAGUUGGAUUGGUGUAACAUGAUGUGAUACUGUAAUAGCUGAAAGUCCAAGAGAUGUAUCUCAGAUUCUCAGUUUAAAGCUGGGACGGCUAGGACCCUUCUGCUCUC